AACAAGCCGCCUUCUCUCUCUCUCUCAUAGUAGAGAUUUAGAGAGAGAAAAAGAAUUCGACGACGCAGAGACUAUUCGCCAUUAUAGAGUUGUUCAGAGUAAGCACAAAAGGAACUUCAUUUCUCACGCUUCUUCAUGCACAACUAUCAUCGUCAUCGUUCAGGUGACACUUUCUUCUCUCAAGCUCUCACUUCAAUCUCAAAAAACUCGCUCACAGAAACCAAUCCUUUUUAGUUCAAACAAUCAUGUCUGCGAAAUGGCGAGCAUUGCAACAUCGCCAUCGCUACACUUACAGCGCCAUCAUAUUCCCACAAUCUUACAUAGAUUCUCUGAAUCAAUUGCCUGUAGACACACUAUCUCCUAAAUUUUUCUCCGAAUUGAAACAACUCGUCUCUCUCAAUUCAAUCUAUGCACAAGUCAACCACGUUAAGAAACUCGCUUCGGCUUUCGGAGACUUACUAGGACAAAAUCGAGAGGAUUUAGUUUCCGAUUCUGCUCCAUUUUACUUGGAAAUUCUUUUCCUCGAGAAUUCUUUGCCCUUACACAGAACAUUGGUUUCCGUCCUUGCAAAGAGUCGAAAUUUUCAGUCCUCGAUUAGUAAUUGUUUUCGAUUGCUUUGCGAUGAGUAUGGUGGUGUGAAUGGAAAAGGGAAGAGGUUUUGUGUGUCCCGUGUGGCUCUGUCGAUGAUGAGUUCGCCCAAGUUAGGGUAUUUAGUGGAAAUUAUUGAGGAAUGUGCUAUUUUGGUGGCUUUGGAUAUAGUAUCUGGUUUGAAUUCUGUUGUUUCGGUGACUAAUGAUUGGUCUAGGCCUUCGCCGAUUGUUAUGGAACAGUGUCAAGAGGCUUUGUCUUGUAUGUAUUACUUGCUUCAGCGUUUUCCCUUGAAGUUCAAUGGUUUAAUUGCUAGUCAGAGUGAUUUGGUACCGCAGGAUUCCGAUAUUUUGGAGAUGAUUUUGAUGUCCAUUUUAAGCAUUCUGAAAUCGCCUGCAUUUUCAAGGGAUUGUUUUGUGGCUGCAGGGGUUAGCUUUUGUGCAGCUCUCCAGGUGUGUCUCAGUCCCGAGGAGCUUGGUUUGGCUAUCAUGGAAGGUGUCUUUUUUCGAACAAAUUGUGUUCGUGUUGGUAGUCCUCACAAUGAAUUCAAGGAUGCAAUUUUCAAGGUUCCAUUCAAGGGGGAUUUGUAUUGUGAAAUCCGUAAUUUUUCUGUUUUGAGUAGACUCUGCUUGAUAAGAGGAAUCCUUACGGCAGUUUCUAGAACAGUACUUAAUACUCAGUUUGUUGUAUCAGGGUACGAUAUUAGUGGUUUUCAUGCUAAUGGAGACAUAAUUAACCCAGUUCAGACAAUUCUCUAUGAUGGAAUUUUGCCUGAGCUGUGCAAGUACUGUGAGAACCCAACUGAUAGCCAUUUUAACUUCCAUGCAUUAACUGUAAUGCAGAUCUGUUUGCAACAGAUAAAAACUUUAAUACAAGCUAAUGUUGGUAAUCCAACAGAAGAUUAUGAUCCAAUCUCAGAGGACAUGGGUACCCGCAUAUUGAGCAUCAUAUGGAAUAACCUUGAGGAUCCUCUUAGUCAAACUGUCAAACAAGUUCAUCUUAUUUUUGAUCUAUUCUUAGACAUUCAGUCUACCCUCCGUUGGUCAGAGGGCAGUGAGAGAAUAAAGUUGUCUUUACAGAAAAUUACAUCAAAUCUUCUCCGCCUAGGACCACGUUGCAAGGGAAGAUAUGUUCCUUUAGCUUCUCUGACCAAGAGGUUGGGAGCAAAGGCUAUUUUAGAUAUGAGCUCUGACUUGCUGUUUGAAGCGACACAUGCUUACAUUGAUGAUGAUGUUUGCUGUGCUGUCACAACAUUCUUGAAGUGUUUUCUCGAGUGUUUGCGUGAUGAAUGUUGGAGCAGUGAUGGUGUUGAAAGUGGUUAUGCAAAAUACAGAGGUCAUUGCUUGCCUCCCUUUUUGUUUGGUCUUGCUUCUGGAGUCUCAAAGCUCCGCUCAAAUUUGAACACGUAUGCCUUGCCUUUGUUACUAGAAUUGGAUGUGGAUGCCAUCUUUUCCAUGCUUGCUUUCAUUUCGGUCGGGCAAGGUGAAGUAGAGAUUGAACUGGUUUAUCCUGAGCUCAGUAGUAUAUAUAUGCCUCUCAGGGUUGAACAACAAGUGGCCAUUUUGGUCUCCUUGAUCAAGGUUUCUCGCUUUCUUGCUUUGAUUGAAGGGGAUAUUGACUGGUGUGAUAAUUCUUUAGUAUCUCAGGAAGGGGGAAGCCUGAGAGCAGGAAAGAUUGAUUGUUAUGCUGUUUUCUGCAUCAAGGGGAUAAAGGUUAAAGUCCUGGCAGAGUGGCUAGUACUUGCACUCAUCCAUGUUGAUGAGUCACUUCGUAUAGAUGCAGCAGAGUCUCUAUUUUUAAACCCAAAGACAUCAAGUCUACCAUCCCGUUUAGAACUCAGUCUGAUGAAAGAAGCAGUGCCAUUGAACAUGAGAUGUUGCUCGACAGCUUUUCAGAUGAAAUGGAGCAGCUU